CCAUGCAUGUGUUCCUGCUGGAAUGUUUACUGUGACAGUGAUGUUUACAUCCAUCUGCUCCUAGUGUUCUGAUUUCGCCUCGAUUUCUUUGUCUGCUGUGGUAGGAGUGCGUGAACCUUUGACUCCAAUCAGUAUUAAAUAAACAUCGGUAGAGUUACGAGUGUAAGCAUUAUCGCGACUUUCCUUUAAACCAAUAUAUGCAAGUUAUAAAUACAGUUGCAGUGCGAAGUGCAACGGUGAAUGCCGUCAACGGUGCAGGCGCAGUCGAUUGCAGACAUUUACAUCAUAGCAUCGAAGCAGAAACGUCGUUCGUCAUCUGUGUUAUUGUUUUGUUAGCUAUGGCGUCGUAGGCCUGCUUCUUGCAGCUCGAAAAUUACCUCUAAUCGGCGCAGAAAAUUUCCGCGGUGAUAAUGUAUCCGAAGUCGCGUGAUCUGGAAAUCGUCUACAAUCUGUUAUGGCGCAGCAGGCCGCAUCAGAGCGACGACAGGGCGAAUAUCGUCGGAAUGUACGACAUUCCGUCGACGACAUUGAAUUGGGAGACAUUUAAAUCGUAUUUGUUGAAAAAUUCAGGAAGCAACGCCACUGAUAUCAAAGUAUCCUACAUUGAUUCGGAUGAGAAAGAGAUUGCCAUCAACAGUCAGAAUGAUUUUCAACUCGCGUUGUAUUCGUUUAGGCGUCGCGCUCGAAUCGGGGAAAUUAUCACUCUUAUCGUGGAUAAAGUUAACUCGCGCAAACCUAUCACACCGUUAAUUCAAAGCUCCGAUGCUGAGAUUCAAACACAAGAAUACAAGGAUGAAGCUACACAGCCAGCAAGCCUACAGCAGGAUGAUGAUAUUCCUCCCAAAUGGUUUACUAAGCACAUGAAGAAGUUUAAGAAGCAAAUGAUGGAAGAUAUGAAACAGCAGUUUGCUCUGAUAAGUUCAAAGAUGCAAAACACAUGUCAGCAUUCACAUCCUUCACGAUCCAAGAACGCUCAGCCUGAAUCAUACAAACGAUCCAGAAAGUUUGAGUUCACUAAAGUUUUGGAUAAGGAUAUGUGCAAGAAAUAUGCGUUCAAACUGGAUGAACAGCGCCCAUCACAGAAAACCAAAGCAAAGAAACUCACCGCGAUUAAAGUCUCGAGCGACAGCGACGUCGCCAAAGAAUCCAAAGCAAAAGCGGCUCCGAAACCGAUGAAUUUCUUCUUUACUGAUCCUACGCCACCGUUAAACGAUGUCAUCUUGAAUUCAUCGAGUGAUAAAACGGCUGGUCCGUUGUAUACCAAUUCGGUGUAUCUUCAAAAGUGGGAGGUGACUAAUUCGGGGAUUAGUGCUUGGGACGAACGCACUGAGUUGCGUUAUGCGUGGGGAUCGGAAAAACUCCGACCUACGUUCACGAUUCUCAAAUGUCCGGAACUUCAACCGGGCGAAAAGGGUGAAAUUUCCAUCUGGUUCCAAAUUCCAUCUACUCCUGGUUCGUAUGAAUGUUUCUGGCACUUCUAUGAUUGCGGUCGGCGUUUUGGUCGCUGGAUCGGUUGCCAGUUGAAUGUUAUUGACUAUCCGCGACAGCAACAGUCUGCCUAUGAUACACAACCGCUUCAAAUUAUGCCACAUGCCUGUAUCCCAACCGUUGACACUUUACUCACCGCUGCGCAGUUGGAUCCAAUCGAUUUGAGUAACAUGGGCAUUGAAAUUCCUUGCCAGUCACAGGCGCCCGUACAACUUCAACGCGAAGAAAGCAAGGAGAGUGAUAUCUCGCAAAGUUUAAAUGAACUUGUGCUGGUUGAAACGAGCACAAACAAUUUGGAUUACACAUCCAAUUGUGAACCAAGUUCAGAUUCGGAUAAUGUCAGUAUGCUAUCGGGAGCACAAACUCCUCAUUCAGGCAGUUCUGAUUAUGUUCUCAUCCCAUCACCUGAUACUACUACAACCGCUAAUACUAAUGAAAUAGAUCGCGUUGAUGUUACAGUUUCAAGUAGCCAGGAUGUUCUAACCUCAAAUCAGUUGCAACAACAAGAGAAUGCUUCGAAUAAUGUUGAAGUUGAGAUUCCAAUCGCGGAUGAUGUACAAGUUGCAGGUGAAUCAGGAGUAAAUGAUGCGGUAUCGGUUGCGUCAGAGGCUAAAUCCGAACAUAAUACGGAUGAUGUCGAAGAGGAGUUGCGAGAAAUCAAAAUGGCGGAUGUUGACCCUGAAUAUUCUGAAUACGCGUAUAUUUACUACAACGGGGAGAAAUAUCCGUUUCACAAGGAUUACUUGCGUGCGGAGUACUUUAACGAGGCAGAAAAAUGCACACCAUCUUCACACAGUUCAGGUAGUAUGAGUAUUUCAUCGAAGGCUUCCAACGAAGUGGUGCUUGCUGAAGGUGCAUCACAGGCUUGUUCACGACAGGCGAGUACCUCGUCACAGGAAUCGAAGAGAUUGUUUGUAUUCCCACGUCAUAGUCCUGGCUUUGAGGUGGUUUAUCCCGCCGAUGAUGCUUCAAACAGCGCAUCGAUUCCGAAAACAGAUUCGGCAUCGAUGUGCAGUUAUGAAGGUGAAGAGUAUUUUUCAAUGAAGGACGGUUUUCAGUUUCCGCCAACAAGCGAGUCGAAUUAUUAUCAGGAGGGGCAUUCGAGCCUUCCAGGUCAGGGUGAUAUUUGUAGAAUGCGCAUGAGUGAGUCCAAGGAAUAUGUACCUUCUUCGAACAGGCCGAAAAUUGAUGAAGUUGCGACGCAACGUUCGGAAUCAGUAUCAUCUGCAUCAAGUGCAGAGAUGUCACAUUUGGCUAUGCCACAUACGACUGCGACGCCAUCUAUGACUUACACAUCUUCGACUAUCAAGAUGGCGCCGGAGAGUGGGGAUACGCCGCGUAUACAAUUGAAAGAUACGUCGAGGGCGAGAGCAUCUGCGACAACCGAAGUACACACACAGAAGUUUAACGGAAGGGUUUAUCGUCCCUCGGUGGGACAUCCAGGUAAAAGGGAGAAUAUCAUGACUGAGGCAGCUAUUAUGGCUGGCACUGCCAUGGGUAGUGUAAGGAAUGUUGUUAAUAUGGUUUUAAAUACAGGGAAUGGAAAAUGGGUGAACGGUCACUGGGUGGCCGAAGGUGAGAACACAAAGCGCGAGAAUGGAUUGAAAAUUCUCGCCGAGAUGGGCUUCUUGAAUCGAGACCUCAACGCCACACUGCUGGCGCGGUACAACGACGAUGUACACAGGGUGAUUUCAGAAUUGGUGCAGUAAGUCAACAAUGACCUUUAAAUUGCAAAUAUUUGUGUUGUCAGCUGCCUGGCUGAACAUAACUAAAUCUCAAUGUAGGCGUCUCGAGAUUAAUUAACUUAAAAAGUAAUUAGAAUGGGUUUUGAUUUGUCUAUAAACUUCGCUUACACGUUGAUAUGCUCCUAGUGAUAUAGAUUUAUUUUAUUUUUUGAUGAUCUUAAAGUUUACGCAAGCUGGAAGAAAUUAUCUAGGAUACGCGUUUGGUUUACUGUCUGUGGUUUUUAUCUUUUGCAUAUUGCAUAUAUCUAUGUAAUCACAUACACAGAAGAAAUAAAUAUAAAUAUAUAUUAGAUAUUCACCAAUACACGGAA